CCAAUCAAAGACAGAGAGAGAGAGACAGAGAAAUUUUCACUCAAGUCAAAAACACAAAUAAAAAGAGAGUGUAGCAAGCAACUAGUAACAAAGCAAAGCUAAAAAGAACUGAAGCUCCUCCAUAGCUUUCAUCUGAAGAAAGCAGAAAACUCUCUCAACACCUUUACCAAAUCACAUUCAUACACUCUCUCUCUCUCUUUCUCUCCAUUUAACAAUGCUUGUUCUUCUUGCUCAGCAUCACAGCCAUCACUAGAAAGAACUCAACAAAGACUCAUCCAUGGAGCUUGACCUUCAAAACCCUCUAGAGAACUUCCAUGACCUUCCCUCUGACGCUGUCUCUUCUCUUUUCCACGCUGAAUCUGACCACACACCAUCACCAAAUUACUUCCACUCUCUCAAAGCCAGCGACUUUGACAUCUCUGUUAGAAGAAAUGUCAUCUCAUUGAUCUCACAGUUGUCCUGCACCUUCGAUCCAUUUCUGUGCUAUCUUGCUAUCAACUAUCUGGAUCGCUUCCUCGCUGACCAAGGAACAUUGCAACCAAAGCCAUGGGCCAAUAAGCUUCUUGCAAUCUCUUGCUUCUCUGUAGCAGCCAAGAUGUUGAAAACAGAGUACUCUGCCACUGAUGUCCAAGUUCUUCUGAAUCAUGAUGAUGGCGGCGUCAUUUUUGGGGCACAAACAAUACAAAGAAUGGAAGCUCUUGUUCUAGGUGCUCUACAGUGGCGAAUGCGUUCCAUCACCCCUUUCUCUUUCCUCCCUUUCUUCAGCAAUUUGUUGAACCUCGAUGAUGACCCUGCAUUGAGAAAGGUUCUGAAAGAUCGAGCAUCUCAAACAAUAUUAAAGUCACAAAGAGAGAUAAAGGUUCUGGAAUUCAAGCCAUCAAUUGUUGCUGCUUCAUGUCUUCUCCAUGCUUCACAUGAGUUGUUUCCCUUUCAAUAUCCAUGCUUCUUAAGAGCUAUAUCCGAUUGUUCAUAUGUAAAUAAGGAAAGUGUGGUGCAGUGCUAUAAUGUAAUACAAGGCAUAGCUAGGGAAGAGUACGAAUCUGCUGCGUUCAAUAUUGUAAAUUCAAGUUCAGAAACACCGGUCAAUGUGUUAGAUGAACAUUUUCUGAGCUUGGAAAGUGAGAAAACCAAUGUUGCUUCUUCUACUACUCUGAUACAACAAGAGAAGAAGGACAAUAUCAAAAGAAGGAAGCUCACCAAAUAUGGUAACGAUGUCCAGUUUUCUCAUUUUCGUCAAUGCUGAAGUGCCGAAACAGAAGAGGAUAUAGCAUUUAAUGAUCCUCCGGGUCCAUCAGGUAGAGGCUAAUGCCUUUGGUGAUAUCAUAAUGUUGUAGUUAACCAAGAAAAAUAAUGGAGCACAUGAUCAAAAUAGGAAGGGAUAGUGAUGGAUUUGGAGAGAAAUGAAGGAAAUUCAAUCCAUAGUUAGUGGACAAAAUCACUGUAACGUGACCCCGGUACGGCUUUCAUUAAAUCAGCUGAUUGUGAAAAGGAGCAAGGAAGAUAAGAUUGGAUUUGGACAAAACGUAACUAUGAAUUGUAACUUUGAGUUUUAUGUGUCUGUUUUGUAUUCAUGUGUGGUUCUGUCUCUUAGCUUCUGGCAAAAGAAUAAUAUAGUAAUAGUAAUAGUGGAGCAACAAAUUUUCUUUUUUAA